AUGAAUCUUGAAGGGCGCACGAUCAACGGAUUCUAUACGCACCUUUCUCGUGAUGGCGUUCUACCAUUUGGCAUGUAUCAUACCCAACACGUCAUCACAGCCUUCUUGCCGGAGCACCUUUCCAACAGCAUGCGCUUCUACAAGACUUUUCGACAAUUUCCAUGCGUUCAGGUCCUCCAGGAGUUCGCACCGCAAGACCUCAAUGAGAACGGUCAAGGGCGGGUUGAAUUGGAGCUGGUAGCGAACGUGCGGCUUGUUCUAGACGACGUCGUCUACUCGCCUCAUUUGCCUCGGGUGCCGAGGGCGUACGACAGAUUGUUCCUCAGUCUGAAAAAGCUCUUGGCCAGCGGUUGCACGUUGGAGGUUGAUCCUUGGGACCACUGGAUCAUAAGACGUGACGGGAAUUUACUGGUCUUCGGGAUCAGGUCGCCGGAACUCCCGGACCCAGAAAUGCGCAUCGUGCUUGGUCCGUAUGUGCGAGAUGGCCAGUCUCCCAGAGUUCCUCAGCACUUGCAGAAUGCUAUUGCGAAAGAGACUCCGCAAGCGGAAGGAGGACCACCCCGAGGACUGCAAGCCGCCAUCUUGAGGGCAAACGCACGAGAAGAGGAGAAAGAAGCUGGGCUGUUGCAGAGCCAACUUGGAAGAUUGACAGCCCCAAUUGAGGACAACAAACCGGCAAAGCCGGUGGCGGGUGCGGUCGACAAGGCAAUUAGCAAAGCUGGUAAGACUAUCUCUCGGCCCACUCAAGGCAGUGCGUUAGUGAAACCGAGGGAGGCUGCGCGCAAGCACUGGGGGAAUCUGGCGUAUGGUGCGCUAUCACCGGCGGAAGUUGGAAGAGUGACAGCCCCGGUUGAGAACAAACCGGCAAAGCCACUGCAGGGCCAACUUGGAAGAUCGACAGCCCUGGUUGAGAACAAACCAACAAAGCCAGUGGCAGAUCCGGUUAACAGGGCAAAUGACAAAGCUGGGAAGAACAUAUCUCGCCCCUCUCAAGGCAGUGCGCCAGUGAAACCGAAACCGAGGGAGGCUGCACGCAAGCACUGGGGUAACCUGGCGUAUGGAGCGCUACCACAGGCAGGCAAAGACACGAGAUGA